UUUCUCAAUAGGGGCGGGAUUUCAUAUAUGUAGUGAUGGUAUGCCUGGCGAGGUGUCGGUGCGCGUAGGCGUCGGCACUAAUUGGAGGCACAGAUUUAUCAAUGAAUUGCCACAAUCAUCAGUGUCUCCAAAUAAUAGUCCGAAUGACUCGAUUACUAGUGAUCCCGGAAAGCUAUUGAAAACAAGCGCCUGGUUUACUGAUACCUGGAUAAUAAUUGGAGAUUUCUAUACCUGGUUCAUUAAUGUGGGAACCACUGAAUUGUGUGAAAAUAUGACACAAUAUUUAUUCAACAAAAAGUAUGGCCUUCUCUGCAAGACAUUAGUGUAUAGUUUGCGACAAAUCGUCCUCAAAACUGAUGGAAAAGCCAAC